AUGGCUUCUUCCGAUCCCAUCACUUCCAAACACUACGCUUAUAACAGAAAACAGAAGUCCUUGGGACUUUUAUGCACCAAUUUCUUGAGUCUCUAUAACAGAGACACCGUGCACUUAAUUGGCCUCGAUGACGCGGCCACUCGUUUAGGAGUUGAGAGAAGACGGAUCUACGACAUUGUUAACGUUCUCGAGAGUAUUGGGGUUCUCUCAAGGAAAGCGAAAAAUCAGUAUACCUGGAAAGGUUUUGCUGCAAUUCCUCUCACUCUUCGGGAGCUCAAAGAAGAUGGUCUGAAAGAGAGUUCCAAUUCCUUGCGCUGUUCCGCCAACGACGACAACGAUAAAGUGUCGGAUGACGAAGAUGAUGAAGAAACACAGUCCAAUCCCGCCACUGGAAGUCAAAACGACAAGUUGAACCCUAACUCUACUCAACCCAGACCACUAAAAAAUGAAAAUCGAAGGGAAAAAUCUUUGGCUCUGCUAACCCAGAAUUUUGUCAAGCUCUUUGUCUGCUCUAAUGUGGAAUUGAUCUCCCUUGAUGAGGCUGCAAAAUUGUUGCUUGGAGAUGCUCAUAACACUUCAAUUAUGAGAACAAAAGUUAGACGCCUAUAUGACAUCGCAAAUGUGCUUUCCUCCAUGAAUCUUAUUGAGAAGACCCAUACUUCAGAUACGAGAAAACCAGCAUUCAGAUGGCUGGGUCCUGAAGGGAAGACAUGGAAUGAGUCAAUUCACAAAUCAAGUCUGUACGACUCUAGGAAAAGGGCGUUUGGAAGUGAUAUCACAAACAUAAGUUUUGAGAGGAAUAAGGUGGAAUUAUUCACAAAUGGGGACUUAAAUUCGAAUCUUAAGAAGCCAAGAAUGGAAAAUGAUAGUGGGCUGGGUCGGACAGAUGAAAACAAUUCAAAACAAGGCACAAAACAAACUUCUAAGAGCUAUCAGUUUGGUCCAUUCGCUCCGGUGUGCGUGCCCAAGAUUGGAGCCUCUGGGAAUAAUAUUGUGAAGCAGGUGCAUGACUGGGACAGUCUAGCAACGGCACAUAGUCCUCAGUAUCAAAACGAAGCUUUGAGAGAUCUUUUUUCCCAUUACAUGGAGGCAUGGAAAUCGUGGUACUCUGAAAUUGCUGCGAAGAGGCCAUUACAAAUUUUGUAA